UCCACCUCAAGGCAGGAUUAGCCGUUGCCCGCAACCCAGCAACCAUGAGAACUAGCAUCCUCCUCCUCCUUGCCGCUCUUGGUGCCGUCUCUAUCAUCGCCACACCUACAGCGCUCGACGGGGAAUGGCAACCGAUCAAGAACGUCACCGACCCACAUGUCCAGGACCUCGGCAGUUGGGCGGUGGCGCAACACAACAAGGUGUCCAUCUCCAGGCUCAGGUCCGCCAUGGUGCUGAGCGGCGAAGUGCAGAUUGUGGCCGGCGUGGAGUACCGACUCGACGUCCAAGCAUUGCAGGGUGAUGGCAAGGACGCCAUGUAUAAGGCAGAGGUGUUCGAGCAGGGCUGGCCGACCAACACAACUCGCAAUCUCAUCUCCUUCGAAUAGAUCGACCGAGCGACCAAAGUUGAUCCAGUACUAUGAGCGACUAUUGUUGUACCUUUUUUUGUUGCAAUAAAAAAUCUCGAGAACUGGGUGCCUCUUUUCACA